UGAAGCCCUGUUCUUCGGGCUUUUCCAAUCGCGCAGGCGACCAAAACAUCUUUACUUCCACGAGCUGCCUCUCUGAUUCUUUUUCUCACUCUCUCCUCCCUCUUACCCGUACGUCGCCAUGGAUGAAGAAUACGAUGUGAUAGUGCUCGGAACCGGACUGAAAGAGUGCAUCCUUAGUGGCCUGCUCUCCGUUGAUGGCCUCAAGGUUCUGCACAUGGAUCGGAAUGAUUACUAUGGUGGGGAGUCAUCUUCACUUAAUCUCAUUCAAUUGUGGAAAAGGUUUAGAGGAAGUGACAAACCGCCAACAAGCCUAGGUCCUAGUAGAGAUUACAAUGUUGACAUGAUCCCAAAGUUCAUGAUGGCAAAUGGCACUUUAGUUCGUGUACUCAUACACACAGAUGUUACGAAGUAUUUGUCUUUUAAAGCAGUAGAUGGGAGCUAUGUCUAUAACAAAGGAAAGGUUCACAAGGUUCCUGCAACUGACAUGGAGGCACUGAAGUCUCCGCUAAUGGGUUUGUUUGAAAAACGCAGAGCAAGAAAAUUUUUCAUGUAUGUGCAGGAAUAUGAAGAAAAUAAUCCAAAAACACACGAAGGAUUAGACCUAACAAGAGUUACGGCGAGAGAACUGAUUGCAAAAUAUGGCCUGGAUGACAAUACCGUGGACUCUAUCGGUCAUGCAUUAGCACUGCACAGAGAUGAUUACUAUCUGGAUGAACCAGCUCUAGAUACUGUGAUGAGAAUGAAGCUUUAUGCAGAAUCCUUAGCUCGUUUUCAAGGAGGAUCACCAUAUAUUUAUCCUUUAUAUGGCUUGGGGGAGCUUCCACAGGCUUUUGCACGUCUUAGUGCUGUUUAUGGUGGCACGUACAUGUUGAACAAGCCAGAUUGCAAGGUAGAGUUUGAUGAGGAAGGCAAAGUUUGUGGUGUGACAUCAGAAGGUGAAACUGCUAGAUGUAAGAAGCUUGUUUGUGAUCCUUCUUACCUGCCAAACAGGGUCAGGAAGAUUGGCAAGGUUGCAAGAGCAAUCGCUUUUAUGAGCCAUCCUAUUCCAAAUACAAAUGACUCUCAUUCAGUGCAGGUUAUACUGCCCCAGAAGCAGCUUGGGCGCAAGUCUGAUAUGUACCUUUUCUGUUGUUCUUAUACUCAUAAUAUUGCCCCAAAAGGGAAGUUCAUCGCUUUUGUUUCAACUGAAGCUGAAACGGAUCAUCCCGAGAUUGAACUGAAACUUGGAAUUGAUCUUCUCGGUCCCGUGGAUGAGCUAUUUUUUGAUACCUAUGAUAGAUUUGAGCCGGUUAAUGAAUCUUCACUGGAUAAUUGCUUCAUCUCAACGAGUUACGAUGCUACCUCACAUUUCGAGUCAACUGUCAUGGAUGUGCUUAACAUGUAUAGAAAGAUAACUGGAAAGGACGUUGAUUUGAGCGUGGAUUUGAGCGCUGCUAGUGCUGCUCAGGAGUAUUGAUGUUUCGUCGGCCUUCUUUUGAACUUGACAGUAUAUUUCCACAGUGUUCCUCUGAAUGAAGUUUGCUUGAUUUUCAUGCUUUGUUUUAACAUUGACUAACAAUUAUAUCUAAAAAAUCCGACAAAUUGAUUAAAGUUUUUUUGGCUUUCCAAAUUGUUAAAUUUGUUAC